AUGUCAAAAAUCAAUAACAAUCUGAAAGUAGGCAGCUACAGACUCGAUGACGCCGCGUCCCUAAACUCCGAAUAUGAUGAAGACGGGGACGUGAAUUCGAUGUCACGAAAAGAAGGACAAUUCAAACGUUUCCGCCGGUGGUUUCACACAUUCUCGGUCGGGACGCGUAGUUUUGUAUAUAUUUUCCCAGGGUUGGCCGUGUUUACUGUUUUUGCCGUGUUGGGGUACCUUGUUUGGAAGAAUACGAAUAUAGCGGAUGUGCCACUUCAUAUUUGGGCUAUUUGGUUGGGAGUGUGUUGGUUCGCGUUGUUUACGUCGAGAUUUGUGGUGUUUCUGUUUCCGUUUUUUAUGGAAUGGGUCCUUGGACAUAUUACAAGUCGCGCAAAACGUUAUAUGGAAUAUAUUCGUCAUUUGCAUUACUAUAUCUCGUUGUGCGCGUUUUUAUGUGUUGCAUUUUUGAGUUUUGUCCCAAUUAUGGUGGGUUAUAAUUCUAAAGGAGGAGUUAUAACUGAUUGGCAGUAUACAACGAACAGAAUACUUGCCGUUUGCUUUAUCGCCUCGGGAAUCGUUGCCCUCGAAAAACUCUUAUUGCAAGUGGUCGCCGUGAAAUUCCACGAAACUACGUACCAGGAAAGAAUCGCCCACAACAAAUACCAAGUCUCGGUGCUGACGACCCUUUAUGCCGCAUCGAAAAAAAGGCUUCGGCAGUCGACGAACGACGGGACAUUGCCAAGAUCCGAUUCGCAUGUCGCACAAAACAUCAAUUUCACAAAAAUCAUAUCACAGACGAAAAAUGCGUUGGAGAAGACUACGUCGGCGUUAGGUCAGAUUGCAUCCGAAAUUACAGGGCAUCAGUUCGACAGUGCUCUAAAUGCGUCGGAAGUCUCUGUCCUAAACUACCUACAAACAGGACACGACGCACGCAUACUGGGACGUCGAUUGUUCCGCGCGUUCUGUGAUUCGGAACGAAACCAUCUAGUCUUCGAGGAUAUUUGCGGUUACUUUCCGAGUCAUGAGGCCGCCGAAAACGCUUUUUUUAUUUUUGAUAAAGAUGGAAAUGGUGAUGUAAGUAAAGAAGAGAUUCUUAUUGUUUGUGUUGAAACGUAUAAGGAACGAAAGGCUAUUGCUGCUUCUAUGAGAGAUUUAGAUAAUGCAGUUGGCAAAUUAGAUUCGAUUCUAAUGGUCUUUAUCAUUAUUUUACUGUUUGUCGCAUUCUUGGACGUUUCGUUUCAAACAUACAUUGCCACAGCCGGGUCUAUUCUAUUGGCACUGUCAUUUAUGGUCGGGUCCAGUGCUCAAGCUCUCUUUGAAUGCAUCAUCUUUUUGUUCGUUAAACAUCCGUUUGAUGUUGGCGAUCGUGUUGAAAUAGAAAAACAGACAUACAUUGUUAAAGAAAUGGCACAGAAAUUCAUUCAAAACAUCAGGAGAUCAGGGCACAUGCGUGACGAGGUCUUGAUCGAAGUAGAUUUCUAUACAUCAUUCGAACAAAUCGAAGCUUUACGCGAAAGAAUGGUAACCUACUUGGAAGGUGAAGAACGUGACUUUUAUCCAACUCUUGAACUGACCGUCGAGAAAAUGCCAAAGUGUCGACAGCUGGUGAUAAAAAUCACGGUCGAACAUAAAUCUAAUUGGCAAGAUGAGGGAGUUACUUGUCGCCGGAAGAAUAAGUUUAUGUGCCAACUCAAGAACCUGAUAAUAGAUCUUGACAUACAAGGACCCUUCUCUGGACCAAAGUUCCCAGUUGACAAAAUGGUGUUGCCUGUUCGUCCGCUUCGUAUUCAUCCGAUAAAACAUGACGCAACGUCACCAAAGGCAGAUUUAACAUUAGGUGCAAAGAGUGACGUGUUCGAUGUCGAAGACAAAGAAACAAUGAUGCGCGCAAAAUCCGUACGAAGGCGCAGAACGAAAAAGAAUGGCUUUGGUAGUGAUGAUGAGGAUGAUCAUUUAUCAGUUAAUAUACGACAAUCACAACAAUCAUUGCAUCGUCAAUCACAACAAUCAUCGCAUCGUCAUACAAAAGUUGAUAUUGUGGUGACUGAUGAACAAGGGCUCAAUGAGAAACGGGAAGAAUGA